AUGGAAAGCAUGAGUCAGGCAUUUGAUCAAAUGAAGAUGGUUAAGGAUGUUAUGGCCAACAGUGAUAGAGUUUCAGAGCUUCUGAAGGAGUCUACUCAUCAAAUCAACCUGCUCACUUCACCAAAUUUCUUACCAAAGGUGAAGGAUCAAGGGAAAUUCACUCUCCCUUGCACACUUGGGCAUCUUAAGCUUGACAAUGCCUUGGUGGAUUCUGGAGCAAGUGAUGUGCGGCAUCAGGUCUUCCCCUUUCCUAUCCCUGAUUCUGCAAGUGCACAGGUCAGAAGUAGUAAACGGGUAUCGAACACAAGGACCAGAUUGCACACUACAAGUUAUGAGUUUGAGAACAAGCUAGGGCAAAAGUAUAAGUUGGUUGAGUGCAGAGAAAGUAAAGCAUGCAAGUAA